UUGCAGAAUUAAAUCCUUAUGUUCAGGUCAAUACAUCAAAUGCUACUCUGGAUGAAACCACUGAUUUGUCAUUCUUGAAACAAUUUCAGCGUCCUAAGACAUUCAGAGAUAUGUUGAGAAGCACAAGGAAACUGCAUUGCAAGAUAAGUUAAAAUAUGAGUAAUUUUACUCUAUUCAGUAUUAAUUCCCUUAUUUAUCAUAUGUACAGUAUUUAAGGUAGUGUUAUACUGUACAUAAAAGUUGAAUUUAAAAGUAUUUUGCAGUUUGAUGGUUUCAUCUUCUGUAUACAUGUAUGUGAUACACUGUUAAAAUUACAACUUUAAAUUUUAAGUUUAAUGUUUUAAUGAGUUUAAUAUUUGAAAAUGUUGUUCAUUACUCUCCUUUUUUCACACAUACGUUUUCUGUCUCGCAUACACAAAAUGUGUUUCACAAACUCUCUCAUUCAUUGUUCAUUUUCAAAUUCUAAAUGUAUUGAACCCAGGCCCUCAUUGCUGUGAGGCAACAAUGCUAAGGUUAAAUUAAUUUAAGUGCUCAACAUAAUAGGUUAUUACAGUAAUAAUUCUGUUUACACACUGAAAAUGUGAAUGUACCCUACUGUAAACCUACAUCAUCAUGUUCAGGUCCCUAUUACUGUUAAAAUACAAUGAUUCUCAUUCAGAAAUAUGUUAAACUUGAUGUCCUUCUGGUGCCAAUUAAUCCCUAUUUCCUUGAUUUCUAAUAGAAAGUCUCUGCUCAAUGUCCCAUUCUUACAGUCCCCAUUAAGUACAUUUAAUGGGAAUGUAUUGUGAUAUUCAUACCAAUGGUUACAUGUGUUGUAUCACUGAUCAGGUGAAUAGUUUUGCUUGAGAAAUACAUUGAAGAAAGGUUUUUACAGGAAGCUUAUGACUUUUAUGUACAUGGGCCCUGGGUCCAGUUUUGUCUCUAUGGAGACUGUUUAAACUUCAAAGGAGAUUUUUUAGAGGACAAGGUGGUGCUCUUUAUAAGAUGAAUAGUGUUCAAUGUAGUCAAAAGAAAAGCCAAAGAGCAAAGUUCACAGUGGAUUGGUAGAUUUUAAUGAAGGAUAUCACAUAGCUGAGUGGACUUUCAGGUUGAAAGUUAUUGAGAUAUCCAUGUAAGUGUUAUUUUCCUUUGUGACUAUCUGGUGUGGAUCCAUUGGGUUUAUGAUCUUGGUGCCUUCUGGUGGACCGUAUUCCAGGCCUUGCAUUAUAAAUAGGUUUCCUAAAUGUUUACUUUUCCUUUGUACUGAUACCAGUUGUUUCUGUUAUUUUAGUGCCUGCGAUCCCAGAAAAAUUCCUCCUAUCAACCCUAUCUAUAGUAUGUGUGUGAUUCUAACAGAAGCCAGGCUACAACUGCAAAAGAGGGUUAAUGCUUUUUGUCACUCACAGCAACCACCAAUUAAAUUUAUCAGCUGUGAUGUGUAUGGGAUCUGUGCACGCAUGUUCUGUGACUUUGGAGAUGCUUUUGAAGUUUCUGACUCAAAUGGAGAGGAGCCCAAGGAAGUCUUUGUGCAGAAUAUCACACAGGGUAAUCCUGGUGUAGUGACAUGCAUGGACAGCAAGACUCACGGGCUUCAGACCGGACAGUGCAUCACUUUCCGGGAAGUUAAUGGCAUGUCGGAGUUAAACGGAACAAUUCACCAGAUUACAGUCCUGUCCCCCUAUACCUUUGCAAUAGGAGACACGUCUAGUUUGCAGCCAUAUGUCCAUGGAGGAAUAGUACUUCAGAUAAAAACACCAAUGAUGUACUGCUUUGAAAACAUGGAGAAGCAGCUUUUAGAUCCAAAUAUUCUCGCCCCUGAUUUAAGCAAGCCUGAGGCACCAUUGCAGAUACAUGCAGCUUUAAUAGCCUUAGACGCAUUUCAAGAGAAGAAUAAGAGGUUGCCAGGCAUCGGGAGUCUUCAAGAUGCUGAAGUAUUAAUAAAGCUGACAGAAGAAGUGAACAGAUCAUUAGUGAACAAAGCCAGCAUCAAUGAGGAGCUUGUAAAAUGGCUGUCGCGCACAGCAAGGGGCUCCCUUCCCCCUUUGUCAGCUGCCCUGGGGGGGAUAGCCAGUCAGGAGGUCCUGAAAGCACUAACAGGGAAGUUCUCUCCCCUGCAGCAGUGGUUCUAUCUGGAUGCUGUUGAAGUGGUGAAAGUCCUGGAUUCUCUUUCUUUAGAUGAGUUCCACCCCAAAGGAGAUCGAUAUGAUGCCUUGCGUGCUUGCAUUGGAGAAACCAUGUGCCAAAAACUGCAUAGAUUGAGAACAUUUUUGGUGGGCUGUGGUGCAAUUGGCUGUGAAAUGCUGAAGAACUUUGCUCUUCUUGGUGCCGGUGUUGCCAGCAGUUCUGGAGAGCUGUUUAUUACAGAUCCAGAUUUAAUUGAAAAGUCAAACCUGAACAGGCAGUUUCUUUUCAGACCGCAUCAUAUACAGUAUCCUAAAAGCUCCACUGCUGCAACAGCAACAUUGGAUAUUAACCCACAGUUAAAAAUCAAUGCUCAUCUCAACAAAGUGUGUCCUGCGACUGAAAGUAUUUACAGUGAUGAAUUCUACAACAGAAUAGAUGUUGUAGUGACAGCACUAGAUAACGUGGAGGCAAGAAGAUAUGUGGACAGCCGAUGUUUAUCAAACCGGAAGCCACUCCUGGAUUCAGGGACCAUGGGAACAAAGGGACACACAGAAGUCAUUGUACCAGACAUGACAGAGUCUUAUAAUAGCCAUCGAGAUCCUCCUGAAGAAGAGGUACCAUUCUGUACAUUGAAAUCCUUUCCUGCAGUCAUAGAACACACAAUACAGUGGGCAAGAGACAAGUUUGAAAGUGCUUUUACACACAAGCCUUCAAUCUACAACAAAUUUUGGCAGACAUAUUCAUCUGUAGAAGAAGUAUUACAGAGAAUGAAGUCACAAGAAACCUUAGAUGGGUCUUUUCAAGUAAUCAAGUUACUAAGCCGAAGACCAAUGAGUUGGGCAAGUUGUGUUACACUGGCUAGAUUAAAAUUUGAAAAAUAUUUUAAAAGAAAGGCAGUUCAGUUGCUGCAUUCGUUUCCUCUUGAUACAAAGCUGAAGGAUGGGAGUUUAUUCUGGCAAUCUCCCAAACGGCCACCUUCUCCGAUAGAUUUUGACUUCAAAGAUCCUCUGCACUUCAGUUUUAUUGUUAGUGCAGCAAGACUGUUUGCAGAGAUGUAUAACAUCCCACAUGCAGAAAAGGAUCUAUCACCAGAAACCAUCAUCCGGAUCAUUUCAGGCGUAACGAUUCCAGAAUACAAGCCUGCAGAAAAAAAAAUUGAAAUAGAUGAAAAUGCCAGGAAGCCAGAGCAGACGAAGCUUGUGGUAAGCAGUGAAGAAGAACAGGAAGCUAUCUCUCAGCUGGAGGAUGUCAUCUCUUCUCAUGCUGUCACAAAAGAUCAUCUCCACAUUAAACCAGUGUUUUUUGAGAAGGAUGAUGACAGCAAUGGACACAUUGAUUUCAUCACAGCUGCUUCCAACCUGAGAGCCAGAAUGUAUAACAUUGAGCCAGCCGAUAGGUUGAAGACAAAGAGAAUAGCUGGCAAGAUCAUUCCUGCCAUAGCAACAGCUACUGCAGCCGUGUCAGGAUUGGUGGCUUUAGAGAUAAUUAAAAUUGUUGGAGGACACUGCUUUGACUCUUUCAAGAACUGUUUUUUCAAUCUAGCAAUUCCAAUCAUAGUGCUCACAGAACCUGCAGAAUUGAAACGGACAAAAAUUAGAGAACACAUUUAUUUCUCAAUCUGGGACCGAUGGACAAUUUAUGGAAAAGAAGACUUUACCCUUUCUGACUUCUUUAAUGCUGUGAAGGAAAAAUAUGGUAUAGAACCAACCAUGGUCGUGCACGGUGUUAAGAUGCUUUAUGUUCCAGUAAUGCCAGGACACAACAAGAGACUUAAACUCACAAUGCAAAAACUCAUCAAGCCAUCAUCCGAGAAGAGGUAUGUAGAUUUGACCGUAUCUUUUGCACCUGAAUCCAAUGGAGAUGAAGACUUGCCUGGACCAGCUGUAAGAUACUACUUCUGCCCGGAAGACCUCUGAAGUACCCAUAACUGAGAAAUGAAGGACCACUAGCAUUUGAACAGCAGUGUAGCACUUGACUGUAAAUGACUUUACAUAUUACUGCAUACCUCUCUAUGCAGUUGCCUUAAUCUGUGUUCAAUAUUGAUCUUGUUAAUUAUCUUUAUAAAUGAACUAGUAAACUUGUACACCCGGA